AAAGAAAAAAUCAAAGAGCGAUUAUUAGCUGAAGCAACUCAAUAUGCUGGCACAGCAGUUACCUUCACUUUAAUUGAAUAUGUGCGCGAAAAUUUUGAGGAACUAACAAAAGAUCAGAUUGAUAUCGUUGAGGACCAUGAAACAAAAGAGGAAAGCAUUGAAAAGCAGGACAGUGAUGAUGAUGUUCAAAAUGUUAUUGGUGGUACCAAAAAACUGCAGAUGACAAAAGCUCAA